AUGCCAGUCACGCACACAUUUGAGUUCAGCGUAGCUUCCAACGGCUCGGGCAAACCAGAUUCGCACAUCGAGUUGGACGUGCUUCUGCCUACCACGGAAGCGUGGUCCAGGGUGAAUGCUCAAGAAGCCAGGGAGGAAAUUCCAGUCGUGGUGUGGUGGCAUGGGGGAGGCACUAUCCAGGGCACUAGAAAGGCACUGCCCAAACAUCUCGCAGAUGCUUCGGACAAGUAUGGUCUGAUCAUCGUUUCUCCUGAUUACAGGCUCUGUCCACAGACCACGCUCAUCGGCGGCGUCUUGCCAGACGCCCAUGCAGCGGUGCGCUGGACGAAGAAGCAACUGCCAAGCGAAGUAUCCCGGCUAGCUCCCCAUCUACCCGCACCAGUGCCUCUGCCAGCCCUAAGCGGAAGCAGUGCCGGAGGCUACAUAGCCUACCUGGUCGGUCUGCCCCUCAACAUUCCCACUUUACCCCAUACCGAAUCCAAGGCUUUGGUAGGCAUCUACCCCAUCACCGACUUGCAAGCCGACUUUUUUGCAAAACCUGUCAAGGAACCCUUCAAGUCAAUAAAAUUUGACGAAAAGGCCCGAGAUGUCUAUGCGCCUAUGCAGGAUCCGAAUGGCCCGAUUCUUACUUUUACUGAGGGAACGCCGCAAACGAAUCCUCGUUUCAACUUCUACAUGUGGGCACAAGUGACAGGCCUCUGGCACGAGCUGCUCUUCGACCCUGCUCAACGUGCCGAAGGUUACGUUCAAAAGACGUCCAUUCCAAACGUCUUGGCAUCCCUCGACGCAUCUUCCAUCCAACAAAUUCCUCCCAUCUUUUCUGUGCACGGCACAAAGGAUAUGGCAGUGGACGUCACUCAAAGCACAGAGCUUGUUCGGGUCUUGAAAGAGAAUGGCGUGCAGGUGGAGUACGAAGAGAGACAAGGUGUUGAUCACCUCUUUGACCAGUUCGACCCACAAGAAGAGAUGAGGCAAAUGUGGGCAUUCAUCCUCAAGCAGUUUGGUGUCUCCGCGCCUGCUUCCUAAACAGCAGCGCUCGAAUCACCUCUUCUUCUCCAUUUCCUCGUUUCAACUUGUUCGCUUUGCUCUAUACACCUUGUGCCAAAUAUGACACGCUUCAGCCACAGAUGGAGAGAAGACGCAUCCGUGGCCUUUGGUCCAUCGGCUAGAUCAUCGCCGUCGCAAGGGAAUGCAUUG